AUCGACGUGUGUGUGUGUGUUGGUGGGUUGAGUCCGAACUGGGAAGUUUGAGAGGAGAUAUUUUUAAAGCUUACUUUGACAGGCCAUAUGAAAUUAUGGUUGGUCGUAAGAAAGCGUGGGUCCGGACUUACUUUGAUGUCACGAACCUUAAUGGUAAAAAGGCCACAUCAAAAUGCAAGUUUUGUGAAGCAAAAUCUAGUUUUGCAAAUGCAACCCGGAUGUUAGAGCACUUGGCAAAUCAAUGCAAAAAAUGCCCAGAUUCUGUCAAAAUAAAGGCACAGAAAGACUUCAAGGCUAAGAAAUCUAAAUCAAAAGGGUCAGUACAAAUUGACUCUGAUUCUGAUGAGGAUAAUCCUGAAGCUAUGGUGGUUCAAAAAUCAUCAUCAGUUACCAACACCUCAAAUCCACUUGCAAAUGCUGCCGCCUCUUCAACGUCAACAUCAUCAGCUCCAGCUGGGAUGGGGAAAUACAUUUUAAAGACUACAGAGAAGCAAAAACAACAAUUAGAUGAAGUAUUAGCAAGAGCUGUUUAUAUGGCAGGUCAGGCCUUUAGUACUUUUGAGAGUCCUUAUUGGAAAAAUGCUAUUGAGCUGUUACGUCCAGGUUACGAACCUCCAUCAUCAUAUCGUUUGCGCAAUUCUCUAUUAGUGAGUGAAUAUGAAACAGUUAUGGAUUGUACUAAGGAGAAAAUAAAAUCAGCAGAGUGCUUAGCUAUUAUUAUUGAUAGAUGGACCAACAUUAGAAGGGAGAAUUUGAUAAAUUUUAUAAUCACAACACCUGAGCCUGUCUUUUUAAGAGCAGUACCUCCAGGUAGGAAUAGGGAAACAGGACAAUUUUUGAGUAACGUUACUCAAUAA